UGCGCCGCUGCCACCAUGAACCCCCUGACGAAGGUGAAGUUGAUCAGUGAGCUGAACACACGGGAGGCAGAGCUGGGCGUCCAGGAGGCGAUGUCGUGGCAUGCAGAGUUCAAGGACAGCGCUUGGAUCUUUGUGGGUGGGCUCCACUACGAGCUGACGGAGGGUGAUGUGAUCUGUGUGUUCUCGCAGUAUGGCGAGGUGGUCAACAUCAACCUCGUGAGGGACAAGAGGACCGGGAAGUCCAAGGGGUUCUGCUUCCUGUGUUAUGAGGACCAGAGAAGCACCAUCCUGGCUGUGGAUAACUUCAAUGGCAUCAAGAUCAAGGGACGGACCAUCCGCGUGGACCACGUGGCCAGCUACCGGCCCCCCAAGGAGUCCAAGGACUGCCAUGAGGUGACCAGAGGCCUCCAUGCCAAGGGCUGCGGGGUACAAACGCCACCUCACACCUCAUCCAAGACCCUGUCUAAGGAUGAGGGUGUGCCCAUGAAAAGGCAGAAAGGGAAGCACAGAGCAGAACGGUCAAAGUUGAGCCCACAAGCUGGGAAGCAGGUCAGCACAGAGGAGCCCCAUCUGGGAAUCAAGAUCAAGAAGGAGAAGGAGGACCCUGGGUAUGAGCACUAUGCUGGUGGGAGCUCUGACAGGAAUGCUAGGAGCAGGACGCAGUGGGAUGAGGACCAGCUGUGGCACCAGUGGCACUAGGACAGGAGGGGGAACAAAAACUGCCAUGAGCAGAGAGGCUCCUGGGAGGAGUGGGAGAAGAGAGAGGGGGUUGUCAGGAGGGGUGACAGGCACAGCAGUCAGCAAGACAUAUCCCCCAGGGGAGGCAGAUCCCAGGAACCCCAUUCCAGGCACAGGGAGUGGGGCUCUGGCAAAGACUCUGGCCGCUGCUGA